UGUUGUUAAUGAAAGAUCCCUACCGCGUCAUCAAUUCGUGUGUAUACAAGCGGGCACUACGAAAUGGCAUCUUCCGAAGACCUCAAAGAAGUGUUGAAAGAUAGCCUUGAAAACCGUGGUGUGCUGGGACAGAUUAAAGCUAGGAUUCGAGCUGAAGUGUUUAAUGCUCUUGAUGAUCAAACUGAACAUAAACCACCUCUCAGUAAUGAGAAUGUUCUCAUAAAUGAGCUGAUCAGGGAAUAUCUGGAGUACAACAAAUACAGAUAUGCAUCAUCGGUCUUAGUAGCAGAAUCUGGAAUGCCAAAAGUGGCCUUGGAAAGGGAGUUUCUGAGGAAUGAGCUGAAUGUUGUGGAAGAUGCACCAGCAAAGACAGUGCCUCUGCUGUACAGCAUAGUGUCUCACUAUGUCAACCGCCAUCCUCGUAGUACUACUGCUGCACAGGGCCGAGCAUCUCAUAGGGAAGGGAAUCGAGGAGCUUUUCUACAGCAGAUGGAAGAACAGUUAGAUGAUGGAGAAGCGCCUACUGCCCUGUCAGUGAGAGGUGGGAAGAGAUGAUACAACAGGAAGUUGUUCCUUUGUUAUUACUUGGAUUAGGUCUUUGUUAAUGUGACUAUGGUAUAUGGCACAAGUGAUUUGUUGUCAAGAGUAGCAUGCUGUUCUCACUGAUCAUGGAUUCUAAUCCAUAAUUUGGCCCAGGUAUGAGCCCUGGUAUGUCAGCAUUAUAUCUGCUGUC